AUGGCUUCCAAACCCUUCAACGUCGCCGUCGUGGGCUACGGUCUCUCCGCCAAGGUCUUCCACAUCCCACUCAUCCUCGCACUCCCAGAAGACUUCAAGCUCUACGGCAUCGUUCAACGAUCUCCCAAGCCAAACGACGAUGCCUCCAAAGAUCAUACAGGAAUCAAACUCUACCGAUCCGUCGACGAAGUCUACCAAGACCCCUCGGUCGACGUCGUAGUCAUCACCAGCGUGCCAGAAACACAUUUCGACAUGUGCAAGUCCGCUCUCGAAGCCGGCAAGAACGUCGUCGUGGAGAAGCCCUUUGUCCCGACCGCAAAGGAAGCAGAGGAACUCGAUCAAAUCGCCAAGAAGACCGGCAAGCUUCUGACUGUCUACCAGAACCGCCGCUGGGAUGCGGACUUCCUCACUCUCAAACAAAUCAUGUCGGAAGGGUCGCUUGGCGAGAUCUCUGAGUUUGAAACGCAUUUUGACCGUCAUCGACCUGAUCCUCCGCCUACCGAAAGCUGGAAGAGCAGAGAUGCGCCGGCGCAUGGCAGUUUGUACGAUCUGGGGACGCAUUUGAUCGACCAGGUGUAUCACGUGUUUGGUCUGCCCAAGCGAGUCACUGCUUUCGUUGGCACGCAGAGGAGAGGGGUUGCAGAAGGCAGUGCUCCAGACUCGCAUACGGUGCUGCUUCAUUACGACGGACCCUUGUUGGUGACUGUCAAGGCAGGUGUUGUAAGUCCUGAAGUCGAGCAAUUGAGGUACUGGGUCAGGGGUACGAAGGGGAGUUUCAAGAAGUUCCACCUCGACGUCCAAGAAGACCAGCUCCGCCUCCACGGCAUCGGCCCCGGACACAAGGAUUUCGGCGUCGACCCCGAGAGCCACUACGGCACGCUCAUUCACAUCCCACAAGAAAAGGCAGAGCCUCAGGUGAGGAAGUAUCCCACCGUCACACCAGCAACAUACGUCGAGUACUACAGGACAUUCGCUCGCGCUUUGAAAGGGCAAGGAGACGUCCCCGUCAAAGCAUCAGAUGCCAGGGACGUGCUGAAGAUUAUUGAGAUGGCAAAGGAGAGUUCGAAAGAAGGGAGGACGAUUGUGGUGUCAUGA